AUGAGGCGCGGCUUCCUGAACUCGAAACCAGCGAAAGAACACCCCAACCACCCCGGGCCCGUCUCCUCGUCUCAAACAAACACUAACUUGAAGCUCCCUAGUAAAGCAACUACCACAGUCAAGUCGUCACAAGAAAACGAUCUCCCUCGUUCAUUUCCUUAUGCCGCGCAGGAAAAGCCAGUCGAAGUGCCCAAAGGACACGAAACGAAGCUCAACUUUGUCGAGGGGUCCGGCAAUCCUCAGGCCACUUACAUUUGGACGGCUCUUCCCCAAGUCGAUGAUGGGCCUGACACGGAAUGCCUGCUGCGUGCGGGCAGCAAAGAGGUCAUCUUGAAGACUCCGGGCUUCCCUAAACCACUUCCGCCAGCCAACUCUCCCCCUGCAUUUCGAGUUGGGCCCUCGCCUGGUAAAGGCAUGGGUUUAUUCAGCACCCGUGACAUUGAGCAAGGCGAAACCAUCCUUUGGGAGCGGCCCCUGCUCAUUGUCCCGCUGGGGAUCCCGACUUCCCUUCCUGCCGGUUUCUCCAAGGCCCAAUGGAUACAGCAUUCCCUCAACGAGUACGAGCGCUAUGUCGAGGUUGCGGUCAAUCGAAUGCAAGAGCAUCGUCGCGCUGCGUUUAUGAGCCUCCACAACUGCCACACCAAAGAUGGGUCAGGACCGUUGGUGGGCAGAGUUCGGACUAAUGGGAUCGGGGUCGACGGGCUGCAGCCUGCAACUGCCAAAACGGAAUAUGACAUGCGGGUAUCGAGUUAUAGUGUCAUUUCAGAGCAUAUCUCGCGUCUGAACCACAGUUGCUCCCCUAACACUCGCCCAUCCUUUGACCGCGCAACGUUUGCUCAACGGCUCUAUGCUGUUCGCGAUAUUGCCGCGGGAGAAGAGCUCACUUUCCAAUACAUCAAUGUUUUGGCGAAGAAGACGGAGCGGGAUGAAGGCCUUAGCCCCUACGCUGUCGUCUGCGCGUGUCUUGCGUGUACUGAGGGUACAGCAGAAAGCGAUAAAAGCCGUUCGGAGAUCGCUGGUUUCAAGCCGACUUCCAGCGUUCUAGCUUGGGCUGUGAAUCGUCAACUUCCCGAUGACUGGCUCAUCAAGAAAUACAUGAUCCUUCUCGAUCUUAUCGACAAGGAGCGCUUAGAGCAUCUUGACGUAUAUUGCGUCGCCACGCGUGCUAUUAUGGAGUCCUAUAUCUGUCUGGGGGACACCCAGAACGCAAGCAAAUGGGCAGCACGUGUCCUCCGCCAGUCUUGGUCAGAGAUGUACGAAAGCCAGCUUGGGGUCGACAAACUGUUGGACCCGGACAGUCCUGCUUAUGCGAAACACGCGCUGUGGCGAAUUCGAGUCGACACGGCUGCCGCAACGGGCGCGAUGUCCAAACUAAUGGGAGAGGCGUUGGGCCUCGGUGGGUGGUGA